AUGACAGCUGACGCUCGUAGCGCUGCUACACAAUUUCUAUCCGCCGAACCUACACGCGACCCCAGCUACAAUGACUUCUCUUUCUCGCCAUUCCUCCGCAAAAGCUUUGGCUUUGGACUCGCCAGCGAUGUCCCCGUUUGCAAAGCUUACAGUGAGGGACACUGCCCCUUGGGACCCGCCUGCCCAGACCGACAUCCCACACCUUCCCGUGUAACUACCUCCACAACCACAGCCUCUGGUCUGGCCCCAUCGACAACACACGGAUCAUUAGUAUGCAAGCAUUUCCUCAAGGGACUGUGCAAGAAGGGAGUGAAGUGCGAGUAUCUGCACGAAUACAACCUGCGUCGCAUGCCUGAAUGCCAGUCCUUCUCCCGAUCCGGAUACUGCCCCAAUGGCGAUGACUGUCUAUAUCAACACGUUCGAGAGGAGGCCAGACUUCCACCAUGCGAGCACUACGAUCGAGGAUUCUGCGAAUUAGGCCCUCUCUGCGCAAAGCGACAUGUUCGUCGUCGUUUAUGCUUAUUCUACCUUGCCGGGUUCUGUCCUGAAGGUAAGGGGUGCGCCGACGCGCACCCCCGGUGGGUUGAGAACCUCCCGCGGCCUACGAUACGAACGGAAAAGACGGAGGAGGAAUUGGAACACGAACGUGCUCUCAUUCGCGAAGAGCAAGAGCGCGAAAAGGAGAGAGAACGCGAAUGGCGGAGCGAACGAGGUAGAGGCGGUGGAUUCAUGCGGGGACGGUAUCGGGGACGAGGCAGGGGAUAA